CGUAACUCUGUACUAGCUUAUUAAUUACAUAAAAAAAAGGGUUUUAUUUUAUGUACGUUCUCUACAUUUUUAAUGUCAUCUGAAAAAAAAGAAUAUCCAGGAUAUGGGGUUAGUAAUCAAAUUACCCCAGGUUAUCCACCGGUUGCUCAUCAUCCCAGUAUGAGUCUCCCCUAUGCUUCUUAUCCAGGCACAGCUUUCACAGCUACAAGUUAUUUACCCUCAACUCCUCCAACCUAUAUACCAGCUGGGUCGUAUGGAACUCCAGUGGUGCCACCACUUCCAUAUGGUGCUCGUCCAUUACCCCACCCUUACCCUCACAGCAACCAAAGGCAAGUAAUGAAUGGGAGGCCAUUAGCUCAACCCUAUCCCCAGCCUACACAAAGAUCUGUGCUCAGUGGGGUGAAUGCAGGAGGAAUGUCAAUGUAUGGUUACACUACCAACUCAAUCCCAGCACAAUAUCUACCUACUAUGUAUGCCACCAGACCUGGAGGGACUGUUUACUUACCAGCAGGAUAUGACCCAGGAGCUCGUUUUGAUGGCCAUACCAUGCCUGUUGUUCCUCCCGUACCUCCCGGAGUUGCUCCUAAUGCUGCUCAGCUAGCCAUGAUGCAGGGGAACUCUAUGAUGGUAGGACAACAGAAGUCCAACUACUUAUUAGGAUCCAACAGUGGAGGUUACACCUUUUGGUAAAUUGAUAUAGAUUAGGGUAGCGUGGUUUUUACAACAAGGUUCCAUCUGGUGGGGGGUCAAAGGCCCCAUAUUAGGAUAUGCCCUAUGGGCUAUAUGCAAGCCAUUGCCUUGAUCCACAAGAAAAGUGAUCUGUUUAGUAAUUCUUUCAUAUAUAUAAAUAUAUAUAUAUAUAUGUACAUUAUAAUGUCAUAAAAUCACUUUGGACUGAGAAUACAAACAAGUGAUAAGUUACAAUACAAUAUACAACAUUGUAGAUGCUUCUAACGUAUACUGUACCAUACUUUCGGAGCUUUUUUUAUUUACAAAUCGACUGCAUUCUGUCAAUUGAGAAAUAAAGUUGUAAAUUAACAUCCUUUAAAAA